CCAGUAGGCCGCGCGCCGCCCAGUCGCCAGGACGCGGCCGUCGCUGUCUCCGUGCGACAGCGCCUCCACUGGCCGCCGCUUACGUCACAACUCGAACGCUAACAGUCCGAUCGGGUCGCGCCGACGAAUCCGCUUCGCUUCGGAACUGCCACCUACUAAUUGGCGAAGACGCUGUCCAGCUUCGAACUUGAUCGCGGGUGUUCAUCAGCACGCCUUCAACUGGACGCAGUUGCCACCAAUUAGCCAAAGACACUAUUCAGUGUGUACUCAUCGAAACACUUUCAGCUGGAAAUUCCCGGGCCGUUAGCCAAUGACACACUCAGCUACGACCGUGUUAGCAGGGAUAUUCAUCGCAACCAUUCAAACCGGACUACGGCGUAAUACAAGAAGUGGCCACAUCCCACAAAAAUAUUGAGCAAUCCGGCCACCUUCCAGAUACCAGUUAUACGAAAAAAACGUUCGUCUUUCAACAUUUUCUGAUUCCGCUAUUUCUAUAAUUGACAAUCCUGUUUAAUAUUUGCCAGUGCCUGCUUCGCAAUGGCGGCAACUGUGUCGUGUUAAAAGUUAAACUGUACUCCGUAUCACCUUAGUAUUAACGUGCUUUUCACGCGUCGUUUUCUUCAUUUGAUUUUACCACCAUAUUAAGAAUUCGCCACUAGGGAACUGUGUUUUUUGUGUGUAAAAUAAUUGCAUACCUCGGUACUGUAGUAUAUUACGAUACCCAUUUCACGCGGCUGUUUAUACGGCGUUUCUGUGUGAUUUGACCAUCAUAUUUAGUUCCCACGACUUUUGAAAUCGCUGUGGUCCGUUCUAUAUUAUCGUGCUGAGAACUGUGGUCUCUGGGAAAAUUAGUGUACAUUAGGAACAUAUAACACAAAUCUGACUUGUUCCAUCUAUCUGCCACAGUGGAAAUUUGCUGGUUACCUUAUCGCAUAGCGAAUUUGUUCCAGACGUUAUCGAAGAGCACGUUUGUCUCCUCUGUGGCAACAUUAGUGAAGUAUCCUUCUGCUCCGUAUCGUCGACAUUUAUCCCAGAAGAAAUAUCGUUUCCUGUACUCUACACUCUAUCUGGGGCAACGGAGAGAGCAUCGCUGAACACGAGAGAGAUAUUCAGUGACAGUGAAUUCGAUUUCACCUGACGCUGCCCACGUGACGGAGCUGAAGAAUCACCAGGUGUGUGUACAUCGGUUCGUGACUGCCGUUAAACAGCUGAGGACGCCUGCCUUUGGAUGUGAACCAAGUGGGUUGUGUUUGACCGGCCGUCCUAGACCCUGGCCCAUGGACUUCUGGAAUUCGUGCCAAGAACAGCGCUCCGGCAAUAUUCCAAACGGCUGAAUCACAACAAGGGAUAUACUCCUGAUCGUGCAUGCAGGAACACUCUGCAGCUAUACGUCUGUCUGGCGCCUUCGUUGGUUGGCGUAGCGCUUUGCUCUGAUUCCGUUUGUGCAGUCAACGAUCUUGUAGCCGUGUGUUUGACGAACAAGCAAAGCAUCGAAUUGCGUAUCCUCUUGGCGCUGCGAACAUCACCAACCACGGUAUUUGCAUCCUGUUGGAACUCCACCUAACACACGAAACUAACUGACUUACGUGAGCAACGCUGCUCCGAUAAGCGCAAUACAUCUAGCGUAUAGGAAUAGCAUCGUUAUUACGAUUUCACGCAGUGUAUCCAGUGUGUUCGCCAGCUGGUAAGGUCUGUGGAGGGCGUGAAAUUACAUCUGUUCAACACGCCAUAGUGGUGGGCACUUUAUCAGUGCAAUAGCUCUUUUCAAAGUUGGUCGCCAACUCAAUCAGUUACUCUUUUUACGCGCCACAAAAGCGUGGACGUUGACCCACGAAGGGAGGACAGCUCAGUUCAUUCGUCCUUUUUUUAUUCUCCUCCCAACCGCACCCGUUUUCGCUGCAAGACCCUUGGAAGUAAUUACCGCGCGGUUUUUCCGUGCCGGCGACGCUUACAGUUUAAUUUUAUGCCUGAGCUUCUGUAACGAGAGCGCAGCACGACUUGGGUGAUGAAGCUCGUUACUUCUUAGAAACUGCAAUACUUCGCGCAGUCCCGACGAAAGUAUUUCUGUUUUUUGUGCUGGAGGUCUUCCGAGGGCCUUGCAUACGCUUCGGGCCGUGGUCGCCUAAUUGUGACUCAUUAGCUGUUUACCGCAAGGUAAAUGUAUCGUGACCGGUGCACUGUGGAGGUCGACAGUCAUUUGAGCCGAUUACGAGCAUUAAUUGAUGAAUAACUGGACGCUCACGAACUUGGACGCCGGCGAGCAAAAGUCCAAACUGUCUCGUAGCAAUGAAUUUACAUCACUGCUAUUCGAAAUUGUGUGCUUGUUAGACUUGUCGAGAAAUAAGAAAACGUAACAACAGAAAAAGACUGUUAAUUUGAGUGCAUAGUUCAGACACAGCGUUACUUUGUCAACUGUCUAGCUGGCCCUUUCAUUUGAAGUUGUAACAACGUUUUUAAAUUCUUUCCACAUGAUGCUGGAAACGACUUAAUCUAGGUGCGUGCUAACUGGUCGGCAGUUGUAGAUAAUGCUAACCCGAAAGGCAAUAAAUUCAGGUUCCCCUGCAUUUUUUCUCAUAGUGAAACUGAGACUAAUUGCAAGAAAUUAACAAUCGAGUUGCACUCAGCAUAAUUAUAUUGCUAAAUACUUUUUUCAUGUUGUUCCCUGUUUCUCCCCGCUGCACUUGAUGGAGACAAAAUAACGCGUCAGUAGAAAGACAACAUAUUACUUUCUCCGCUGUUGUGGACGUCCCCUAUUGUCGAUGUGGGUCCUUUCUGUCGCCAAGAUAGUUUUUUUUCGGUUUAAGGCAUGGCGUACAUUUUCCGCUGUAACGAACCAUAAAUGAACAAUUUUUUCAACAAUUACUUCCACAGGAUGUGAUUCCGAAUGCGAGACGAGAUUUUGGUUCACGCUAGCUGUUUUAGAAGCCAUCGUCAGUCGAAGUUACUGAGUGCAUGAAAUAAGAUUUUCUGUAUUUGCUGAGUUGUCGUAUUACAUAUUGCAUUAGUUUCAACAUUAACUACAGAGUCGUUCUUGACAGUGGCCAUCAAUCGGACAGGAAAAAAUAGACUUGUAACAAAAUACUGCGUGGACAACAACUUUCUACGCUUUUAUGAAUGCCUGUCAGUUAUGGUGGACGUUUUUGGCUCCGGUGACUUUUUCGGAUUUUCCUCUUUUAUUUGAAGCGUUGUAUUUGACUUUUGAGAAACGUUUACACCAAUGAUAUUUGCAUUCGUCCUCUAAUACUUUCCUCGAAAUUGGUUUAAGCCCUAUGUGUUGAAGUGGGGAUUCUUGGUUAUUGAUGCAAUUUUCUAGUUUCGUCUCAUAAAUUUAGAGCCUUGCAAUGUAUUAGGACGUGUGGCAAAAUUUUGCAGGAUUUUUCUUUUGUAAUACGAGUGUGUGGUAAAAAUUUAUCUCCACUUCGUCUCCUAACACUGGCUUCGAGAUUUGUUUGCGUACGAUAUAUGUUGAGAUAGUGAGACAAUUUUGUGGUUUCGCCUCCUGAAUUUGGAGUCUCACACUGCAUUACGACAUAUGAGGUAGCAUUUGCAGGGAGUAUAUUUAGUUUGAUAAUCCAUGCGAGAAUCAAAACUUCCAUUAGUAUUAUUAAUACUUGCCUCAAAAUUGGUAUACCUGCGCUGUAUAUUGAGGUACUGAUUCUUAGUUUUCGUGAUAACUUUUCCUGGUUACGUCUCGUGAAUUUGGCGACGUGUAACGAAUGUAAGGGAACAUUUUCAGUGGCCAUGCGUGGUUUUCGGCUCUCGGGUGAAAUGUAAUCUUCGAGUGGAGAUAGGAGAUUAGCGUAUGUGCAGUAUGUACAGAGGUGUGAGUACUUGGUUCUAGUGAGAAAAUCUUUUUGUUUUGUCUCAUAAUUAAGGAGUGUUGCGAUCUAUUAUGACAAAUGAGAAACAAUAGAAAGGUAUAAACUUGUAAUAUGAGAGUUUGUUGUGCAAACUGAACCAAGAUACGACUCCUAAUUCUGGCUUCAAGACUGGUGCACCUGUGAUACAUGUUGAUGUGAAUAUUCUUGGUUCUAGCGAAACAAUUUUCUGUUUUCGUCUCCUGAAUUUGGUGCCUUAUGAUGUUCCUGUGUGCGCAGAGUUUACGCUUGUAGUACGGCUGCGUGGUGGAAACUGAAUUUCGUCGUUUCGUGGAGGCUGGUUUGGCAACUCGGAGUGAUAGAUGUUUGGAUUGUGAUAGUGUCGCUAAUUAAUAAUGAGAGGCUUCUUGUGAGUGAAGAGUUAUGCACAGUAGUAAAGUGUGAGGUGGAGUGACUGUAAUAGAGGAUAAAAGCGCGUAGGCGCGAGCAGGUCGAGCGGCACGGGAAAAUGUUGCAACUGCGCGCCUUCGAGAACUCGCUCCGCGGCGGUCCGGACAUCGACUCCCAUUCGCAGUCGACACCGCGCAGCAAGCGCCAGCAGCUGCACAAAGCGUGCACGGGCGAGGCGCACGGCGCCGGCAUCGAGAAGCUGCGCCGCUGCUCGCUAGAGAGCCAGGGAGACCGUGGAGGGGGAGGGGGUAUCGGCGCCGAGGCGUCCAACCGGCUGCACGCCGCCGCGACGCUCGCGUCUGCCGCCAAGGCGGGCGCCGGCGACCGCGAGGACGAGUGCGAAGACGUCCCCCCACCGCCGGGCACCGGUCUGGCCCGGUCAGCUGACGGCACGCGGCUCAGCGCCAGGAGAAAGAAGAGAAACCAGCGGGUCAGCGAGCACGUCGGCGGCCACGCCGCAGUCAUGGUGCGGACGUCGGAAGGGAAGGAGCGGCCGCGGGGCGCCGGCACGCCGGUGCUGGCCAGGGCCAGGGACGCCGCCGCCUCGGCGCACCACUCGUCCGAGAGCCUCGUGCAGAACAUCAAGGGCUGGUGCCGCGCCAAGCCGUCCGACAUCCUGGACAAGGGCUCGAGGGCCUGCCUCGACAAGGGCGCCAUGAGGGCCCGGAACGGGCGCCACUCGCCGGCCACCGAGUACGACGUGAAGGGGCACAGCGAAGCGGUGGGCAACAGGCUGGCCGGCGAGAACUUCCUCAACCUGUCCGCGGAGGACCUGACGGACAUCCUCGGCGGCGGGGCAGCGCACCACUCUGCCGACGAUCUCCCCGACCGGGACGAGACGGACAGCGCGGAGCAGGUCGGGGGAGGCGACGCUAAACAGUAUGCGGAGCAGAUGGUGCUGGAGGAAACUGCCGAUCAGGUGGUCACUGUGCGCAGCGAGAAACAGCCCUUCGUGGACCAGCUGGUGAUGGACGGGGAGGAGAAGGUGCCGGCCGAAGCGCUCAGGAUCCGGGUGGAAGUGACGCCCACAGAGCAAGUGACGGAGAUGGCCAGCACGGUACUGGACGAAGGGGAGAAUGCGCCGCCUCCACAGCAGAAGCUCCCGGCGCCAGAGAAGAAAUCCUCUCCUCAGAAGAUCAAAGUGGAAGAGGGAAGGAAAACUGGAGUUGUCAGGAAGGUGUCUGUCCAGAGGAAGGACCACAAGCAAGGUGAAGUGGAAGCGAGGGUGGUGAAGGGCAGAUAUAAGCAGCAGCCACCGCGAGGAGUGCUGAAGUACAUGAAGGAGAAGAGCGGCAGUCUCUCCUCUGAUGUCGGGGGAGAGGACGCUAAAGUGGCGAACGGAGAUGACGGCCCACUGACCAAAGACGUCAGGCGCAAGAGCGUCGAGUCUUCGGAGGACACCAGAAAUGGACAGUCUCGCAGCGGCAGCGUUUCUUCGUCGGAGGACCCGGCGGCUAGAGUGACGAAGGGUGUCAACGGCCGGCUGUCGUCGGAGAACUUGAGCGGCAGGAAUGGCGCGCGGCGCAACAGCCGCCAGAGCUCCACGGAGGACGUGUCGCCGAAGAAGGGCCAGCAGCUCUCCUCGGAGGACGUGACCAAGAGGGCGAGUCCGCGGACCAGGGGUGGGCCGGACCAGAAGGCGGCUCCGCGAGCCAAGGUGACGCCGCCCGCCAGAAAGCCCCCGGCGGCGGCUGCGGUGCGAGGUGGCCGCGCGGGGGCCGCCUCCAAGACGACGACGCCCCCGGGGGCAGGCACCGCCGCCCCCAGGAGGCCUCCGGGGCGCAGGGCGGCGGCGGCGGAGGCCGUGCCGUGGGAGGAGCUGGAGAGGCGCGCGCUCGCCCGCAAGCCGUGCGUGGGCGCCGACUACAAGGACAUCGACGCCCUGCUCGCGGAGGCGCGCUCCGAGGAGCAGGUGUCGGCGUGGCUGCAGUCUGCGGAGCACGUGUGGCUGGUUCACCGCGCCGGCUUCUCGGCCGCCCGCCGCUGCCCCACGCCCGCCGACAGCGACUCCGAUGGCGACGCCGCCACCUCGGGCAAGCUGCGCAUCUGCCUCGACGCCACCGGCGACACGCUGCUCGUCGACGAAGACGACGUCGAGAAGGCAAACCCUCCUCAGUUUGACAGAGCUGAGGACUUGGCUCACCUCCGCUACCUCAACGAAUCGAGUGUGCUUCACACAUUACGUCAGAGAUAUGCCAGUAACCUCAUUCACACCUAUGCUGGUCCUGCAAUGGUUGUCAUCAAUCCCAUGGCACCACUUGCUAUCUACUCUGAAAAGGUUGUACAAAUGUUCCGUGGCUGUAAGUCGGAAGACAUGCCUCCACACAUUUACUCCCUCGCACAGUCAGCAUACAGGAGCAUGCUGGCAUCUCGUCGCGACCAGUCCAUUGUCCUUUUGGGUCGUAGUGGCUCUGGAAAGACGACAAGUUUCCGACACAUACUUCACUACCUCGCCCUGGCUGCAGGGACUGUCAAUAAAGUGGCUACAGUUGAAAAGUUGAGUGCCAUAUCAUCAGUAAUGGAAGCAUUUGGAAAUGCAAGGACUGUAAUGAACGCCAAUGCUACACGGUUUACACAGAUUUUCAGCUUGGAUUUUGACCAAUCAGGACAGAUAGCAUCUGCUUCAAUACAGGUGUUACUGGCAGAGAGAAGACGUGUAGUUCAUCGACCAGAAGGAGAACCAACAUUUCAUAUUUUCUACCGCAUGUUGGCUGGAGUGGAAGGUCCUUUACGGAAGGAAUUGUAUCUUGAUUCUAGUCUCUCUGAACAUAAUUUGUUCAUGACCCCACUACAUAAGCAUGAAGAUAAGCAACGAGCAAUGCAGGAGUUUAUUCGUGUAUGUACAGCAAUGAAAACACUCGGUAUCACAGACGCUGAAGCCAAAAUUAUAUGGUCAGUUCUUGCUGCCAUAUAUCACUUGGGAGUAGCAGGUGCAGUUAAAGGUGGUAAUGGUGGUCGCUGGCAGUUUGGAAACCCACGAGCGGCACAACACGCUGCUAGGCUGCUGGGAACCUCAGCGGAGGAGCUGGGACGACUGCUGUUUGGUCAGGGGACUCCACCCACACCACGGCAGCCUUUCCGUACACCAUCACCCACCGAGAGGGAUGUGACAGGCAUUGAAGCUCUUGAAGGUCUCGUAACGGGGCUGUACGGAGAAGUCUUCAAUGCUGUUGCGGCACUUGUAAAUAGGUCAAUAUCAGCUUCAACGCAUACGGUGUCAUCCAUAGUACUGGUAGACUGCCCAGGCUUUCAAAACCCUGCAUCUUGUGGCCAUCAGGGUGGAGCGACAUUUGAAGACUUGUGCCACAAUUACCUUCAAGAAAGACUGCAACUGUUGUUCCAUCAUACCACAUUAGUUGCUCCUCGUGAUCGAUAUGCCCAGGAACACAUAGAGUGUGUACUGGAGGAUGAAGGGGAAUCGGGCUCCCCAGCACCCAUGGUGUCUCUGCUGGACAGAGCAUCACAGAGUGCCAUGGUCCGGUCCUCUCAGACAGACCUCCGCAAUGCAGGAGACCGCAGGGGCCUGCUCUGGUUGCUGGAUGAGGAGGCAGUCUUCCCUGCAGCCAGCGAUGAAGGCUUUCUGGAGAGACUCCUGGCGCAUUAUGGAGACAGAGAACACCAGCUGCUGUUGCGCAAGGCUCCUGGACACAACCAGUUCGUCUUGCAGCAUUUACAGGGCACAAAUCCUGUACUGUAUACAGCAACUGGUUGGCUCAAAGCGUCUCGAGAAAAUCCAAUGGUUCGAAAUGCUGCCACACUGCUCCAGGAGUCUUCCAAGGAAGAAAUGAGCCAGCUGUUUGUGAGUAUCCGUGGCACCGGAGUUUCAAGCACGCUGGGUGGCUCAGUUGUGGGAAUUGAAGGCACACAGUCACUAAGGAGAGCAUCGAGCAUACGCAGAACAUUCACGGCUGGAGCUGCGGGUAUCAAACGAAAAUCUGUUUGCCUGCAAGUCAAGUUCACUGUGGAUGGCCUUGUUGAAACACUACGAAGGACUCGGCUGAAGUUUGUGCACUGUUUCUUGCCCCAACAUAAUGCUGGGCUUUCUGAUGCAAAGUCUCAGCUGCCACGUUCUGGCAGCACAGGGAAUGCUGAGGAUCUUGUUAUCAAUGUACCAUUGCUCAGGUCUCAGCUGCGAGGAGCGCAGCUGGUGGAGGCAGUGCGCCUGCACAAGCAGGGCUUCCCCAAGUUCCUGCCCCUCUCGGAGUUCCGCCGGAGGUUCCGCCUGCUGGCUCCCCCUGAGGCAAGACCCACCAGCCCUGUGCCAGAUGAGAGGCGAGCUGUCGAAGAGAUGCUGCUCGGCAUCGAUACCGACCCCUCCGGGUACCGUGUCGGGCUCAGUCAGAUAUUCUUCCGUUCUGGUGUUCUUGCACAAUUGGAGGCUCAGCGAGACGAACGGCUAACUGACCAUGUUGUGAGGCUACAAGCACAGUGCCGCGGAUAUUUAGCUCGGCGCAAGCUUCAUAAGCUCAAGAUCCAGGACCUGGCAGUGCGCUGCAUACAGCGCAAUGUUCGCAAGUUUCUGUUGAUCCGUGAUUGGCCAUGGUGGCGACUUCUGGUCCGAGUCACUCCCCUUCUCAAUGUACACCGCACUGAAGAAGAACUGAGAGCCAAGACGGAGGAACUGGAAGCCCUCCGAGCAAAAGUAGAGAAGUUGGAGCAGGAACGCACUCACUUGAAACAUGAUACAGAUCGUCUGGAAGCAAAGCUGAGUGAAAUGACAGCAGACCUGGCUGAAGAGCACUCAACAGCAACACUUGCUACAGAGCGUUUGGAAGCAGAAACUGCUGAACGUCUGCGACUUGAGAAAGAACUUUCAGAAGUCCAGUAUCAGAAGCAGAAUCUGCAGCAGACUUCAGAGCGACUGGAAAUGGAAUUGCUGUGUAUGCGAUCUGCAGCUGAGGUGAACGGCUUGGGAUCAGAUGAUGAGGGUGAAGGGGAGGACUCAUCGGGAAGUGUGUAUAAGCAGCGCUAUGAGCGGGCUGUGCGUGAACUGGAGUUUACACGCCGUCGCCUGCAACAGCAACAUGAAGAUGACCUUGAGCAGCUUGUAGCACUUAAGAAACAAUUGGAGAAGAAGUUGGCAGAUGCUUAUGAGGAAGUGGAAGAACAGCGGCAAGUUGUCGGACAGUGGAAGAGGAAAGUGCAGAAGCUGAAUGCAGAAAUGAGCGACCUCCGUCUUUUGCUAGAGGAACAGAAUUCUCGGAACAAUCUUCUGGAGAAAAAGCAGCGCAAGUUUGACUCUGAACUUCAGUUGCUUCAGGAUGAACUACGACAAGAAAAGCAGCAGAAAGAGCGUAUUUCACGUGAAAAAGAUUUGGCCAUUGCAGAAAAGUAUUCUCUCGAGCAGGAUCUAAGUGGUGUGCGGCUGGAAUUGGAACUCAAAGAAGAAAAGGUUUCAGCUCUUACACAGGAAUUAGAUGAACUUACUUUUGGAGGCAAGACUGAAGAGGAGGUUGCUCAACUCAAGAAGGCAAAACAUGAAUUGGAGAAACGGCUGAAGGAACAGGAGGAGGAACUCGAUGAGCUUGCUGGCCAAGUUCAGUUGUUGGAGCAGGCAAAACUUCGGCUGGAGAUGAGCUUGGAGCAGCAGCGCAAAGAAAGUCGGAGAGAAGCCGCCCAGCGGGAUGAAGAGCUCGAGGAUGCUCGGUGUGCAGCACAUAAGAAAGUCAAAGCACUGGAAGCCCAGUUAGAAUCAGAACACGAGGAACGUACCGCUCUCCUGAGGGAACGACAUGAACUGGAGAGGCGGUUAGCAGCUGCCGAAGAAAUGGCUCGCGCCGGUCGCAGUCAGGAAGAGGAGCAGCUGCAGCGACUGCGGCGUGACCUUCGCAGGACUAAGGCCCUCUUGCGGGAUGCACAGGCGGCGCUUGAGAGGGCGAGGGCAGACUCUCCGGGCAAAGCUCUUGUUAGACAGCUUCGAAACCAGUUGGAAGAUCUGGAGGUGGCCCGAGCGGCAGCAGUGAAGGCGCGUCAGACAGCUGAGCUGGAGCUGAGCGAGGUUCAGGCUAUGCUCGAGGAAGCACAGAGGUCUCGCUCUGAGGCAGAGGAUAGAGCGGCAGCUGUUGCAAGGGAACGUUCAGAGCUGAGGACACAGUUGGAAGAGAAUGAAGAAGAGCUGGCAGAGGUCCUCAAGAAGUACCGUUCGACAGUUCAGCAAUUAUCUGCAGAGCAGCUAGCACUCCAGGAGCAGGCAGGUCGUGUCUCAGAACUGGAAUCUGAAAGAGCUUCACUUCGUGAACAGCUUGCAGAACUGACGACUCGUCUUGAGAGCAUGGAGACCCUGGGUGAUCCAUCGUCAAGCCUAACACAACGUCGUCUUGAAAUGCGCACCAAGGAGCUGGAGUCAAAACUUGAGUUGGAACAAACUACACGUGCUCGCUUAGAGGUCCAAAUAGCACGACUGAAGGAAGCAGUUGAAAGACUUCAGGACGAGGCUGCGGCAGCACGUGCAAAGGAGCAGGCGGCAGUAGAUGCGUCCCGUAAGCUGCAGCGUACUGUUCGUGAACUACGUGAGGAACAAACGGCGGCGGCAGCUCGUGAAUCCGAAUGGGCCGUACGUAAGCGUGACCUUGAAAAGCGGCUGGAGGCUUCUGAAGCAGAAGCAGCUGCUGCACGUCAGGAUCUCCGACUGGCACUUACUCGAAUAGAGGAUCUCCAGUCAGCAAUUCGUGGAGAACUUGAAGAUGGAGAGGACAGCAAUGAUGAUGAAAAUUCUGACAGUGCUCAAGACAGUGAUGUUUCAGAAGAUUCCAUGAGUGUGUACCUCACAAACCAUAAAGUCCACGUCAAUUCCAGCCCUCGUACAACUCGAGCGUCACUGGAAUUGGAUAUUACUUCAAGAUCAUUGGAGGUGGCUUCACUUAAAAAGCCUAACGACAGCUCAGGGAAGGAAUCGUUUGCAUGAGACUGUCUGAACAUAGCCUGCUGUGUUGUCAGCAGCUGGCUACCACGAUGAGCCUCAUUCAUAGGAGAAUGGACUCAGUGGGGGGGCAGCCUGUCACAGAUGGCUCCCAUACCACAUUUCUGAGACUGGACUGAGUACAAUAAACUGCAGGAUAUACUGUAACAAUUUGAACAUAAUAUAUAGAUUUUAGUACAAUAAAUUAUUGUUUGCUCUCUAUUAGCAAAGAUAUGUAAUGAAUUGUAUAAAUAUGUAAAAUUAAAAGCAACUUUGGGCUAAUAUAUAAAUAUAUAUAUAUGUAUAUCUUUGUAUACUGCUGCAUACCAUCCCAAUAUAUUUCUUAAAGUCUUUUGAAAUUCCUAUCUGUGUCAUUGUUAGUUUCCUGAAAGAAAACCUUGACUGUUAUGUUCAGCAUUUAAAACUGUUAUUGGGAAAUAAUUGUUUUAGUAUAUUUAUAUGUUACUGCAUUUCCAAUAAUAUAAUAAUUGUGUUUUUUUAUGGAAAUGUGAACAUACUGUCAUUGCCAUCGAUUUCAUUCCUGAGAAAGUGAAGUAUUUGCCAAUAAAUGUUUUAUAAAUAA